AUGGAUGGUGUUCCCUGCACCUUCACCCUGAGCCCGAGCCCAUCUGUUGUCCUCGUUUGGAACUCCGGGAGUAAGGUGGAACCAUUGGGGCCGGCGGACCAGGAAACCAUAAGUCAAGGGAAGCCUUCAGUUCCUCGGACCCAGGCUUCUUUGAACCAGCCCCUCCCCCAGUCCUCUCCUGUUCUCUGCUGGCCCCGGAUUCUGGCUGCUCUUGGUGACACGUCUUCUCAGCACCCAGACAGACACAGCUACCGAAGGGUGAGUGAGGGAAAGGAGGGCUUCCAGGAAAACCCUGAGACCAGGAGGAAUCACCUGGAAGACAGAAACAACGCAGCCUGA